AUGACGCUGGUUUUGCAACAAAACGAAGACUGGAAAAAGGACUUGAAGUUGCCUCCGAAGGAUUUGCGUCGUAAAACUGCUGAUGUAACCUCCACGAAGGGAUUGGAGUUUGAGGAAUUCGGUUUGUCUAGGGAUCUUCUUCGUGGAAUCUUUGAAAAAGGAUGGGACAAGCCUUCGCCGAUUCAAGAAGGCACCGUGAAAGCCGCAUUGGCAGGUAAGUACCUUGUUUUAGAUGUGUUUAGGUGAUGAGAUUUUGUAAUUUGACGUUGUUUUGCUCUAGAAGUAUAUAAAUUGUAAAGAUUAUUUGUUUUAUUGGUCAAAUGGAAAUUUGAUGUUAUUUUAGGCGUUGCAUUUAGGGGUUUUAAUGAAUUUCAUAUUGUUUUUGCACAGCUUAACGAAUUUUGUUUUUAGGUCAAGACAUUUUGGCUCGUGCAAAGAAUGGUACUGGUAAGACUGGUGCCUACUGCAUUCCUGUUAUUCAGAAGAUUGACCUUACCCUCAACGCCAUUCAAGGUUUGAUUGUUGUUCCUACUCGUGAAUUGGCUCUUCAGACUUCUCAAAUCUGCGUCGAAUUGAGCAGACAUUUGAACCUUAAGGUAAGUUUCAUGAUUUUUGCUUGGUUUUGCAUUUUUCAGGUUAAAAUUGUGUUUUUUACGUUUCAACGUACGUAUUGUUGUAGGUUAUGGUCACAACUGGUGGAACUGAUCUCCGUGAUGAUCUGAUGAGACUAAAUGGUGUUGUGCACCUUAUCAUUGCUACUCCUGGUCGCAUUCUCGAUCUCAUGGACAAAGGCGUAGCCAAGAUGGCUAAGUGCAAGAUGCUGGUUUUGGACGAAGCUGACAAGCUUUUGUCUCAAGAUUUCCAGUCGAUGUUGGACCGUUUGGUCGAUCAUUUGCCUAAUGACCGCCAGAUUAUGUUGUACUCGGCUACGUUCCCUCGUUCUGUCGCUACUUUCAUGAACAAGCACAUGACAAACCGCUACGAAGUCAACUUGAUGGAGGAACUGACUUUGCUGGGAGUCACUCAAUACUACGCUUUUGUACAGGAAACUCAAAAGGUAAGCUAAUUUAUGAAUUAUAUUGGAAAUUCGAAUGUUUAAUCGUUGUGAUUGGAAAUGUUAAUGUGCUGGUUUUAGGUUCACUGUUUGAACACCUUGUUCCGCAAGCUCCAAAUCAACCAGUCGAUAAUCUUCUGCAACUCUACUCAACGCGUGGAGCUUUUGGCCAAGAAAAUCACUGAACUCGGCUACUCGUGCUUCUACAUUCACUCCAAGAUGGCUCAGCAGCACAGAAACCGUGUCUUCCACGACUUCCGUCAAGGUCACUGCAGAAACCUGGUGUGCUCGGACUUGUUGACCCGUGGUAUUGACAUUCAAGCUGUGAACGUGGUUAUCAACUUUGAUUUCCCGAGAAACGCCGAAACUUAUUUGCACAGAAUCGGACGGUAAGAGUUAAUAUUACUUUUUUUUUAGUUUAGGACAACAGUUUUAAUCAUAUCAUCAAGAAUAUUUCUAAUUUUUGUUGUUUUUAUGUUAAAAUUGUGUUAUUAGGUAAAUUUUAAUAUGCUGUUUUAGUUCUGGUCGAUUUGGACACUUGGGUAUUGCCAUCGACUUCGUGACAUACGACGAUCGCCACAACCUCCGCAAGAUUGAGAAAGAGCUGAAGACCAAGAUCGAACCCAUCCCCAAGGAAGUGGAUCCAAAACUUUAUGUUGCCGAAUUCCAAUUCGAGGAAGCCUAA